AUGGCUGGAGCGCCGCGUCGCAAGAACUUCACAGACGAUGGAGACCUGGCUCUGCUGCGCCAAAUCCACGCGGAACGCCCAUUCCUCCGGCAGCGAGGUGGCAUCAUGGCAGCGUGGGAUGCCCUUGCAACUAAGCUUGUUGUAGACGAGAAUUUUCCACGCAACAAGCUGAGUGGCAAGACGGCCAGCGGGCGCUUCGACAAGCUAGUCGAGGCCCACCGUGCUGCAGCGGAGGAGUCGGCGAAGGCGUCGGGCGUGGACGAGGACUAG